CCAGGGGUGGACUGACCAUUUGGAAACUCGGGCACUGCCCGAGGGCCCGGGGUCAGUAGGGGGCCCCAUGAGAUGCCCCUGGUACCCUUUUUCAUAGGCUUUUUUGAGUUUGGGCAAGGACACAGGGGCCCCAUGAUCCCCUAUUGCCGGGGGCCCCAUGAGUUGUAAGUCCGCCCCUGGAUUAGGUUUACACUUGUGGGCUAGUUGCAGGUUUGGGAAUCACACCUCUUCCUGCACCCGCAACCACCCACAGCUGAAACACACAGCUCUUGCAAGACAUACAGGACUGCCAUUC